AGCCUAUGCCAUUGGUUCAGAGGAAACAUCUGUGUGGGAGGUGUUGAUAAAUGUUUAUCUCUGUUUCCUACUGAGUCAACUGUUCGAUUUGUGAUUUGUAACUUCUGCUUAAUUUCCUAUAGCUUUAAAUUAUAAUCAUUAAGUGUCAGUUUUGGCGUAGGCCUGUAGCCUGCACAUUUUAAAGCAGAUUACUUGUGGCGGUUUUAAAUAUAAUGCUUAAGUAGGGACUAAUCUCUGCUUCAACAGUGUUUAUUGUAAUCAUGAUCGCUACCUCUGCCAUAAUUAUUGUAUUUAUGGUUUGGGCCUCAUUUCCAACAUCAGAAUCUUCAAGUCCUCUUCGCAUACCGCUUGGGAGAAAAUUGUUGAUACCCUGCAUAAGUAAUGAAAGUCAUCCAGAAUCUUUUAGCUGGUUUUACAGUACAAACAAUGUUGGUCGGCUCCGCACCCAGAUUUUUCACGAGGAUAAAAGUGGCCGACAUCUCCUUUCCAAAGAUUUUUGGCAUAGAAAGAGUGUUUUAAGGAAUCGUUCACUUGUAAUCAACCCUUUUACAGAGGAGGAUCAAGGAAUAUACUUAUGUGGAUUGUAUAAAAAUGACAAGAUCACAUAUGGAUUGUCCACUUCAGUUGUUCUUGAAAAAGGAUCUCACAUGCCAAUAAUAACCACUGUGUCAAGCAGUGGUUUUAUGCAUGAAGUAACUAAGAAUGUGAUUACCAGCACAUAUUACGCACUUGACUCCGCUCUGAACAACACCACCAACAAAAGCAUAGACAAUGGGUCUACUCCUCCAGGUAACCGAGAACAUCAAUGGCUGGCAUCAACAGUAGCUGGAGUCUCUGCAGCUGUGUGCCUUUUCCUUGUUGCACUGGCACUGUUUAAAUUAUACCAUUUCAAAUGGAGAAUAAUCGCAGGUAGGAUAAAUAUACCGUAUUGUUAUCUUUGAAGAUGGGGAGAUCACAAGAUUAAUACAAUUGUUUGGAGAUGGUAAUGCAGUUUGAGGCCCUAUCUGUUUUAAUGGAAAUGUUUGUCUGUUUGUUCAAAUGUUUAAGCUUCUGCCAAUCAACUUCUCUGUGGUGGCCAGGGGACCAGCUUUGUAAGUUAUCUUAUCUAGCCGACAUUACUACUAUUAUUCUUGAUAAAACGAUAUUGAUGAUGUUUAGUUGCACAUCAAUAUAGUAUUAUGCACAUACAUCUAUGCAUCUCCUUUCAACAGGAGGAAGAAACUACACUUGUUUAUUCAUCCUUGGUUAUCAGGAGAGUCCAACAGAGAGAUGUCAUCAGAAAUGACAAUGAGUGUGUGUACAGUCAUAUCAGGGUCUAGGAACUAAGAAUGGCACUACUUUGAUGAGAGGCGUAAUAAAUAGUUUAAAUCAAGUGCUUCCUUUGUGCUCAGGCACACAAAAUGCCAAAAAGGCAUACUGUUGUUGUUGGGAAUGAUUUUUAUGCUUUGAAUUGGUUUGUUUUAUAUUCUGUCAAAAAGUAAUAUAAUCACAUUUUAGCAUGACCUUUUGUUUGUAUUAAAUUGGUAUUGCACUGUGUCACGCACUUCUGUACUUUUAACCUUUAAACCAAUAUUUAAAAAAAUAAAAGGAAGAAAGCCUGCUUUAUAUAUCAAAAAGCAUAACGCCUGUGUAUUCAGAUAUGUCUAUACAUUUUAUUUGUGACAUACUUGUAAACAAGUUGCUGAAAUGUAACAUUUUGAACUCAUCGAUCCGCUGAGUUGCUUUCAGAACGUUUUCAGAUGCUUUCGGAACGUUUCCGUUCUUGAAUGCCCCUUGCUGCAUAUCGUUGCACAAUGCGCAAACGCGGAUCUGGAUGAGAAGUAUGAUAGCGAGCUAGCUAUUCCUCCCCCAUCACACGGGCUCAACUCUAGCCAAUCUGUUACUGUGAACGUUGAAAACGUUUAUUUGUACCUGCCUAGCAACCUAGCUAGCUUGUUUCAAUGUAACUAUGAGCUAACGUUAGCUAGGUUGCAAGUUAGCUUGAAUUGCUGCUGUGGCAGUUUGCGAAGGAAGAAGCAGGUACUCGGCAGUCCAAGCCGCCAAACAUAAGUUACCUGUCUGACACUGACGAGUGAUGGAGGCCCCACCAGUCUCAGUGCUGCCCAUCACGGGGGGCACAAUUAACAUGAUGGAGUACCUGCUGCAAGGCAGCGUCUUGGACCAGGCCCUCGAAAGCCUAUUGCACCGCCUCCGGGGCCUUUGUGACAACAUGGAACCCGAGACAUUUGCCGACCAUGAGCUGGUCUACCUCCUGAAGGGCCAGCAGGGCAACCCGUUCCUGUUGCGAGCCCGCCGCUCCCUCUCCCACCCCACAGUGCCCUGGCACCUGCGCUACCUGGGCCAGCCGGAGGUGGGUGAUAAGUCCCGCCUCGCGCUGGUUCGCAACUGUGUGGAUGUGGCCGCCUCGCACAGCCUGCCCGACUUCCUCAAUGAAAUGGGCUUCCGCAUGGACCACGAGUUCAUAGCCAAGGGCCACAUUUUCCGCAAAGGUGUGCUCAAAGUGGUAGUGAGUAAACUGUCUCGCAUCCUGGUCCCCGGGAAUACAGAGAACACUGAGCCGCUGUCACUCUCCUACCUGGUGGAGCUCAGUGUAUUGGCCCCUGCGGGCCAGGAUACCAUGUCAGAGGACAUGCGCAGCUUCGCUGAGCAGCUCAAGCCCCUGGUUCACCUGGAGAAGAUUGACCCCAAGAGACACAUGUAAGAAGGAGUGUUUUAUGAUGAGCCUCUGUUGGCUGUCAUGGACAAAGUGUAGUUUUUAUUAAAACAUAUUUUCUUUUACAUGGGACUUAUUUUUGUAUGAUUCUUAUGAGAAAGCGCUUUCCCACAGUCCUUUGUCUCUGUAAAUGAACUCUAGAUCUCACAAUCUUGAUGCGUGUCUCGUACAUUUGGAGAAGGACCAUCUGUCAUUUGGAUGUUAGUGGUGUUUGACAAGGACUUCACAGGAGGUUUCUGACAUAGCCAACAUGGCUGAUGUGACAAAUGAGGCUUUGAAUGAGUCAAUAAAUAACAAUGUUUCUAUUCACAGUGCCGAACUCUUAGAACACACGUUUUGUGUCGUGCUUUGUUCUGUCUUUGAGAUGUUUUAAGAAAUGCACAGCGCUAUAGUGUUUAUAAAAAACUAUUUUUCUCAA